AUGGCUCUCGCCAAUGACCCCAGACACGUGGCCAGUCUCAUGCUGUCAUGGAAUUCCCUCGAACUCGUCUCAAUCACCACUCUGCAGACCCUCUGGGCAGGAUACGGGAAGAUAUGCGGCCUCACGGUGCGUGCCACGACCGCCGAGGCAGCGGAGCAUCUAUCGCAGCUUUGCGGAGUCGAUACUGGAGCUGUGGGGUCUACUUAUCCUCUCAUCCUAAAGCUCAUUUCCCCCCCCAAACAAAAACUCGAUCACGACAACCCCACGCAAAAUGAGGGACAUCUACGCAAAAUACUCAGCUAUGAGGUUGAGCAGUAUUUCUACACUGAAGUAGUCCCGCUCUUGGGUGACGAUAUCGCCGUUGCCAAAUGCCUUUCAUCAACUCGGAACAUGAAAGGCAAGGAAGGCGAAGCAGAACUGGAGGGUCUGACGGCAACUAUAAUGGUUGAUCUUCGCCCGAAAUAUCCAAUCGCAGGCGAAAAACGAGGUGUGUUGAACCAUACGCAAGUACACGGGGCAUUGGAAUGGCUGGCGUCAUUUCACCGCCGCUCAUGGGAUCUGAAUCUACUACAGAACGGCUUGGAUCCAUACGUCUUGCCCCCAAUCGAAGAGUAUCUCAGGAGACAGGAUCCGGAGAAAACCCCAGGGAGUAGCUUGUGGCUCAACGGAGGCUAUACUUACCUUGCGACUCGAAGGACAGAGUUCGCAUCUUUGCAGGCGGACAACUCGGAAUGGUCGUUUGCAUUCGGCAGUCCCUUGACCCCGGAUUCACAGGCGCCGGUGGCUGAUGAGAUCGCCUCUUUCUUAACACCGUGGGGAGAAUCGAGGUUGGUAGAAUCGUAUAUUCAUGGUGAUGUGAAGUCAGAAAACCUCUUCACGUCGACUGAAGGGAAUAAGGUCGCGUUCUUCGACUUCCAAUAUGUCGGUUUAGGUCUUGGGGUGUGCGACUUGGCCAAACUGUUUACCUGCUCAGUUCCACUGGAGCUAUUGACCGACCAUCCUGAGCCGUUGCCUGACCAGUUGGAAAUGUGCGAACCUGAGGCUCGGCUGCUAAAGCGAUAUCAGACGCGGCUUCUCAGGGGGAGGGAGCCAGCUUUCUAUGAAUGGGAGACAUUCAAGUUUCAUUGGGAGACGGCGCUAGCUGACUGGUGUCGAUUCCAGGCUUCCUGGGGCUUCUGGGGGAACACAGAGUGGCUAGAAGCUCGUGUGCAUUCGAUUUUGAAUGAUCAUGAGUGGAGAAAGCGGCUGCACCAUGAACUUAAAUUUCGAGAUUUCAACAAAUGA